UGUUUCAAAGGCAGAGUGUUUCUGUUUUGGUGGCAGAAUUUUAGCCGGAUAGCGUGGAAGAUUUAGUCGAUACUUCUGACCGCUUGAAAGAAAUAAACCGGUUGAGUCACUUGUGCCACGCAAGACUGACGGCUCCCUCACAUUAACCCAGGGGCAAGUGGGGCAGGAGAGACUCCCGUCUGAGACUACGAGACAGCCUGGCAGAUAACAGACGCGAAAUCUGCGCCGUCAAUUCGACAAACACCGGCAUUGAGUUGUCUCGAAACCUUCACAAAGUUUACACACAAGCCUCUAGGCUUUGCUCUCGGUUUAACACAGCCAUAUAAGGAUUACCAACUAGAGAGUCAUUAUAGCAGCGGCAUGGAGGUCUCUCGACUUGGUAGUGUCUGCAUAGCAAUGUUCGUGGUUUCUCUCGUUAUAUACUCCGCAGAAGCAGCCCCCACUGAAGUGACAACUGGCUCACUCGUCGAGACUUCGGCCGCAGCCACCACUGCACCCCCUGUUUUAACCGAGGCAGCGACCACACAGCCCCCCGCGCCGCCCCCAGAACCCACUCAGGCACCCGUAGCAGACUCUGAUCCACCCACCAAUCCGCCUUCUGUUGUGGAGGUGACGACAACUCAAGCCCCGCCACCUCCCCCUGUGGUAACGGAAGCGCCUACCACAGUACCUCCCCCUGUGGUAACGGAUGCGCCUACCACAGUACCUCCCCCUGUGGUAACGGAUAAGCCUACCACAGUACCUCCCCCUGUGGUAACGGAUGCGCCUACCACAGUACCUCCCCCUGUGGUAACGGAUGCGCCUACAACUGUGCAGCCAACGGAACCACCUUCAACGAGGCCUCCGCCUAUAGAUGGAAAUUGGUCGGUAUGGGGUGCGUGGUCAGCCUGCUCAGUUACGUGUGGAAGUGGACAAAAAACACGACGUCGAGCCUGCAAUAACCCGGCGCCUAGCAACGGCGGCCAGCAGUGUCUUGGGGAUGACGUCGAAAGCGGCAGCUGCAUGACUACGGUCGCUUGUCCUGUAGAUGGCCGAUGGACCGAAUGGGGAGACUGGGACCCAUGUUCGAAGACGUGUGGGGCUGGGUUCAAAACUCGAAAACGAACGUGCACCAAUCCCCCACCAAGCAAUGGAGGCCUGGAAUGUUCAGGAAAUGCGGAAAUGCAAUUCUACUGUACGCUUGGAGAUUGCCCCGUUGACGGUGGCUGGUCUGCGUGGAGCGAAUGGUCCAAAUGUCCAAACCAGUGCGGUAUAAAAUCGAUGAAGAAUCGCACCCGCACUUGCACCAGCCCCCGGCCCGGACCGGGAGGAAAGGCGUGUAACGGGAGUGCCUAUGAAGAGGCUCUUUGUGUUUUACCUUCGUGUCCAGUUGACGGGGGCUGGAGCGAGUACGGUCCGUGGAGUGUGUGCUCAAAGUCCUGUGGCGGUGGAGAGCGUUACCGGGAACGAACAUGCACGAACCCUUCACCGGUGAAUGGCGGGAAAACUUGCGACGGCAUUGGCAUGCAGUCCGAGACUUGUAAUGCGCAUGCGUGCAAUGCUAAGACGCCAACAAAUACAACUGAACCCGACCAAGAAGACGGGGACCACGAGGCUGCUGUUGACAAUCCUCCUGAACGCACCAACGCGUGGAAGAUCGUCGGCAUAUUUCUACUGAUACUGUGCAUUAUCCUUAUUCUCAUCAUAGUUUAUUUGUGUGCCAGAAGUAUAAGAAACAAAGGUGAAGGAAGCAUAUCUAAAGGAAAAAAGAAGAAAGAAGAUAAAAAGAAAAAUGGAAAAGAGGAGGAAAUCGCACUCGACGAAAAACAACCACUGCAUGAAGAAAAUGCGAACGCAUAGACUUGAUAAGCCCACUGACGAGUGACCAGCGGUGCCAACAGCUAGUUAUAAUCCCAUACAAGCUGUCAGUCCAAUUGUUUGGACACACAAACACCCCUUGCAUGGCUAUAUUUCUAAUAAUUUUCAAAGUGAAGAGAGUUUGUCCAAAGGGUUUGUCAGAGAAAGUAACAAGACAAUUAUCAAGACGCCCAGGAAAAAAUCGACAAAUCGUCUGAGAAAUCUUAGGGUUUUGCCCCAAUCUAGAGUUUUAUAAUUACUGAAAAAAAUAUAGUUGAUUUGAGCUUGUGGGAAACUUGCAAUUAAAUUUAUUCGAUCCGACCAUUCUCGUCCCAGAGCCCCUCCAUGAUAACCGCCGAGGAGGCUCUGAGCGAGAAUGUCGACCCGACUUGCGUGACACUGUUUAAGCUUGUGUGACUGUGGAAUUUUUAAAGCCUUUUUCACAUUAUUUGAUAUUCUAGAAUUAUGAUUUCUUUUUUAAUUUCACCGUAAUUCAAGGCGAUUUUAUUCGCCCCUGAAAUUAACUUCUCAUUUGCAUAGGGUCUUACAACCUUCAAAAUCAUUUGUCACGCAAGUCGGUCACGCUACCAAGAAAAUACUAUAAGCUCGGCCUAGUCCCCAGGGUUCUGCUCGGAAAUCCUGUCGUACGCCGUUAGGUAUAAGGGACUGGGGAGGAUCUUCUGGUGAAUCAUCAACCAUGUGAAACCCAAACGCUAAAGAAAACUCCAAAGGGCGUCUCUUAAUUAGGCUGCUAUAAGUUACCCUGGAUGGCGCUGACUAGUUUACCUUGACUAAGAAAUCACGUGACUUUUUCGUUGACAAACUCAGGGCGCCAAAGCAAACACAAAAUGGCUGCAAUUGUCACGCCGGAGAGCGAAGAAGAUUUAAAAUCUUUCCAUACAAAAACUACCUCUCUCACAUAUAUGCUUUCUGGAUGAUUAAUAAGUUGAUUUUGUUUUUGCUAUUUCGCCGCCAGAAGCAGGAGCGUGGCGAAUUUGUCACUAAACGUGACGCGAAUCCUUAGUGCAAGUCACCUAUUAUUAUAACGUUACCAUUAACAUAAAAGAAAAUUAGUCCCAAAGUGAAAAUGUCUUUUUGGGUCGCCAUCAAAUGAUAAGUUAUGCAUUCAACCUUUUAAAGUGUCUUUAUACAAGUCUGGCUGUUUUUUAAAAGCCAAUAUUUCGUAAUCUAUUAAAACCGACUUUGUUGAAUAGAAAAUAGAAACAGAAAAUUUUAGUCAUAUAGUUCGCAAAUAGUUCUAGAGUAUUUUUAUUGAGGAAAAACUAUUCGAGUAUAGAUAGUACAUAUUUGAAAAUUCAAAAUAAACCCUUUUAAUGGUGUUAAAAA